GGGAGCGUCCGUCACAGCCAAACGAACCGUCGAGCAGAGAGGAUCGCAUUCUUCGGUCGUUGAAACCGCGGCAUCUCACUAAACGGAACAGGGACUUCUCACCGAGCUCCUGAAUCAAUCAAGCAACGCGAUUAUUCUUUACUCCAAGGCUUAGCAUCAUUUUUAUUUAAGGGUUCUCCAUGAGAUUCUUCAGGCUUACCUUCAAGUGCUUCGUCGACUGCUUUUGAGUCUCUGUCAACGGCUGAACUGACUGCGGCGCUUUGUGACAUUUUCCAUCUCCUGGCAGAGCUAAAAAGGUUCAAACCUGUGAUAUUCACAUAAGAACUGCGAUUUUCAUUGUAUUAUUAUUAUUACUUUUGCUCAUUCAAGAAAGAAGAGAUCAACUCAGAAAAAGCUAUUGGAUUGGUGUAGCCAGAAUAUUGCGACUACAUCUCUGUCUGCCUCUCUGAGCCUGCAGGUUUAAGCCUUUAUCCUGACAUUCUCAAACCAUCAGCGGCCCCCUACCUAGAUAAAAAGCAACCCUCUUGAAUCAAUACCUAUUUUUAUGACCAACAAUAUGUCACCUGAGUUGGAAGAAAACAGCCAAGGUGAAAUCAGUGUUUCCCAGUUGGAGGCGGGGACCCUGUCUGAGGAGGAUGGCAUGGGGUCAGCUCGUCCCCUGGUGCCCGUGCCUGGAGUGGGCUCGGGAUGCGGUGACGGAGGAGGAGAUGGCCCGCCACAGAGCCAGGACGGGGCCUCGGCCAUCAAUGGAAAUGGCGUUGUAGCAGUACCUGUAGUGGAGAGAGAAACCUGGACCAGACAGAUGGACUUCAUUAUGUCGUGCGUUGGUUUUGCUGUCGGCUUGGGCAACGUGUGGCGGUUCCCCUAUCUCUGCUACAAGAACGGAGGAGGGGUUUUCCUGAUCCCUUACUUGCUGAUCGUGUUCAUCGGGGGCAUCCCUGUCUUCUUCCUGGAGAUCGCUUUGGGUCAGUUCAUGAAACAAGGAGGGGUCUCAGCCUGGAACAUUGCUCCGCUCUUCAAGGGUCUGGGCCUGGCCUCCAUGGUGAUCGUGUUCUUCUGUAAUACCUACUACAUCAUGAUCCUGGUGUGGGGCCUCUACUUUCUCUUCCACUCUUUCACAAACCCCUUGCCCUGGGCCACAUGUGGAAACCCCUGGAACACCCCCAACUGCACACAAGACUUCCGACGCACCUGUCACAACCGCAGCGCCGCUCAGCCUGCUGCAUCGUCUUCUGCUGCCACCCCUUCCAGCCUUUUCUCCAACGUGACCUCGCUUAACCUGUCCUCAUCUCAGCUUCUGCUCAACGGCAGCUGUGUGGAGGCAGAGGGCCUGCGCUCCCCUGUAAUCGAGUUCUGGGAACGUAAAGUGCUUCGUCUGUCUGCAGGCCUGCAUGAGCCUGGUGUCAUGAGCUAUGAGAUGGUGCUGUGUCUCAUGGCCACCUGGGUCAUCGUUUACUUCUGCAUGUGGAAAGGAGUUAAAUCUACUGGCAAGGUCGUGUACUUCACAGCUUUGUUCCCCUACCUGGUUCUGGUGGUUCUUCUGGCCCACGGAGUCACUCUACCUGGAGCUUUGGAUGGCAUUGUUUACUACCUUAAGCCAGACUGGUCCAAACUCGGAGAAGCGCAGGUGUGGAUCGAUGCCGGCACGCAGAUUUUCUUCUCCUAUGCCAUUGGACUCGGUGCCCUCACGGCGUUGGGCAGCUACAAUCGUUUUCAUAACAACUGUUACCAGGAUGCAUUUGUCUUGGCCCUCAUUAACAGUGGAACCAGUUUUUUUGCGGGCUUUGUGGUGUUCUCUGUCCUUGGUUUCAUGGCUGCAGAACAAGGAGUGGACAUCAGUAAGGUGGCCGAAAGCGGUCCAGGUCUGGCUUUUAUAGCCUACCCCAAGGCUGUGACUCUGAUGCCUCUGGCACCACUCUGGGCGGCACUGUUCUUCUUCAUGCUGUUCAUUCUGGGCCUGGACAGUCAGUUUGUAGGAGUAGAAGGAUUGAUAACAGGAAUUAUGGAUAUGUUGCCCCCUAAAUCAGCCCUGGGCUCCUUGCGCCGGGAGGUGGUUGCUGCCAUCUGCUGCUUCAUCUGCUUCUUAAUUGACAUGACCAUGGUCACUGAGGGGGGGAUGUAUGUAUUCCAGCUGUUUGAUUACUACUCUGCCAGUGGCAUCACUCUGUUAUGGCAGGCCUUCUGGGAGUGUGUAGUCAUCGCAUGGGUUUAUGGGGCGGACCGUUUCAUGGACGACGUGGCCCGUAUGAUUGGUUAUCAGCCCCUACCCUACAUGAAGUGGUGCUGGUCCUACAUCACGCCUUUUGUCUGUGUGGGAGUGUUCCUGUUCCACGUGGUGAACUACAAGCCUCUGACCUACAACACAGUGUACACCUACCCCAUCUGGGGCGAAGCCCUCGGAUGGGCCCUGGCUCUGUCUUCUAUGCUCUGCAUUCCUGUUACUGUUCUCUAUAAACUGCUGUGCUGCAAAGGAUCUCUCCAGGAGCGCUGGCAGCACCUCACCACCCCAGUUUUGGGCAGACAUCACCUGGAGUACUUGGCCCCGGAGAGUGAGGCCAAACUGCUGCCCCUUACAGGAACCAAGAAUACCUUGCUCUUUGAAAGUGUCAUCUGAUUUUCCUGAGCUUAAAACCACACACACACACACACACACACACACACACACACACACACACACACACACACACACACACACACACACACACACACACACACUACCACCACCACCAGCCUAAUGAAAAGUUAACACACAGUUAGGAACACAUCCCACAGUUUUAAAGCCUGGAAAAAUGGACCAAAGAUUACACUGGAACCGAAACACACACCUCAUCCAUGCAUUCAUACACUCUGCUCUUUUCCUGCUCUACCUGCUGGUCCUUUGCUCUCUCUCUCUCCUUCCACUGCCUUUGUGCUGUCUUGUUCCAUCCCGUCCUGUGGUGUGUUUUGUGUCUGCGAUAUCUUCCCUAUUUGCACUUUUUUGUCAAUGUUUAAACAGCCUCAUCUCUCUGAAACCUUCAGGGUGUUUGGACCUAAAAAAAAAAACUGACAUCACUAUAUCAUCAUAUAUUAGGGGUGGGAAUUUCAAUUAAUUAAUUAGAAAGAAACAACACGUUAAAAAGUUCCCGCUUGGGCCCGCGUGUUUAGCAUCAAAAUCAAGCUGUACCUCCGAGACCACAGAGCCUGGGCUACAAAGUUAUGUAAACCUUUUUACGUUCUCCAGGCACAACUAAAACUACAAUUAAAUUAAUCAUAAUAAAUCACUCUUCAUCAAGAAAUGAAAGAGAAAAAAACAUCUUUUUGCUGUUGUGUAUUUUAGUUGGUAGAAACAGGCAGGCAGAAACUGUAUCCAUGUGAACUUUAUUACAGCAGGAGGGACCAGCAUUCAUCUUGGAACCCUCAGCAGAACUUCCUCAGAACUCUACACUGCACCUCUAUUAUCAGUGCUCUGCUGCCACCUAGUGUUCGGUUCACUACACAACAUUUACAAUGUUCCGGGUCAAUUUACACUUCAAUUAAACAUAUACUGAUAUUUACACAUCCCAGCAAAUUCCACAAUGUUUACCUUUAUAAUGAGAACAAAGUAAUCAAAUAGACCUUG